GAUAACUAAAUUCCCUGAUCUAGGGAUUGAUCUAUCUUUAGAGAAACAGUUGUAAUGGUGGCUUUCAAAGUAGUUUGUUCUGGUGGUAACGGUGGUUCACGGAGGUUGGAUGCAGAAAUUGAAGGCUCGAGACAGCGAAUGAGUAACAAUUCGAGCCAACGAAGGAUCCUUUUCGUGCUCAAAAGUCUGGAAUCACAGAAUGAUUCGGCAUUGGAGGGUAAAGUAAGUGAUUUUAAGAUUAGUGAACAAGAAAUGGGAAUGUACCAGAAUGAAGUGGGUAUAAGGAUAAAGAGAAGACCACCCACUGAUGAGAAGGGUGGAGCAGCAUGUCUUAAUGUUUUGACACAUGAAAAAUACUUCAAGGCAACACCGUAAAGAAGAUGUUAUUUCAUCAUUAUUAUUUUUUGCUAUAUCUCUUUACAGAUCAAAAAGCAACGUUGAAACCAAUAGAAGAGAGGCUCUUGACAUUAGUAAUAAAAAGGUUUAGAGUUU